CAGCCUUAUCUUAUCAAAUUUUCAGGGUCUCGCCUCGGCCGAUGGUAUCAUGUAAAUUAAAAACGUCAUUAAAUAAAACUUAGUAACUCCGUAACCACCAUUCCUUCCGUUCCAACGUAGUGAUAAACCGACAAAAUGAGGAUCGCAUCGAAAGUUUAUACGAUCAUCGUAAGCAUAGCGGACAAAUUUGUACCAAAGUCUAUGCGCCCUAUGUGGGAGCAUCCAGCUGGUCCUAAAACUAUAUUUUUCUGGGCGCCCGCUUUUAAAUGGGGUUUGGUGAUAGCUGGGUUGGGUGACCUGAAUCGACCCGCCGAAAAGUUGUCUUACACCCAGUCCGCGUCCCUUGCGGCGACCGGCAUGAUAUGGUCCCGAUACUCCCUCGUUAUCAUACCUAAAAACUACAGUCUGUUUCUUGUCAAUGUGUUCGUCGCUGGAACCAGUCUUUACCAAUUAAGCAGACGUUACAGAUAUGAGCGAAGCUUAGCGGCCAAAAUGACCCCUAAACUGCCCUGAAGUUUAUUGCCGUUAUACCGUUCUUCCAGUUGAUGGUUGCAAGUGUUACUCAAAGUCCGGGCCUCGAGAUCACCUGCAGCCAUCAAUAAUAAAUCCCUGACAAUUACAUAAGUAGUUACGAAAUCUUCUAGAAGUCUAAUAAAUAGAUCUUGCCCUAACUCUCUGAUAGGACAAUAUUUUAAACGUUGUCAAAGUAGAAUAUAUUUUUUGUUAUUUUACACUAUCAUGGGUAUUAAAUUAUUGUUAUUUAAUUUAUUUAGAAGACAUUACGUAGGAUGAAUAUAUUUUGGGGAUGGUAGAAAAUAAUUUUAAAAUAGGUAAAUUAUGGUAAUUAUAAUACAAAAUGGAAUUACCUAUUUCAAACGGAAAUGUUUCGUUUCCCUACCAUUUCAAUGCUAUGCCUGAAAAGUAAGAAAAAAAAAUGAAAAAGAUCGUUAAAUUUGAAGAUGUUACCAUCUGAAAAAAUAAAUGUUCAGCGACAAUCACAAAAUAUGCCUGCCAGGACUUACUUUUCCGUAAAGAGCCGUCAUGCAUAGCAUUUUUUAAACAACCAAAAGUUGUUAUCGAAAGUGUUGGUGAAUAUUUUGUAACUGCACUAUUUUUACAUAGCGUUAUUUUUUCCUAUGGUAAAAUUUUCUUAAUUAACGAGCAUUUUCGAUUUUUCUGGCUCUAUGUUUGUAGCUUAGAUAGCCCUCGAUGGCCAAACCUAGGUUGUUUUAAAAAAGCUGAAAUUUAUUCGAUUCUUGCCUCUAAGGGUGGUCCAAGAAGGACUAGCGACCUGAGAGUUUGUGUUGUGGUUAAUUGGGCAGGUGAUAUUUACGAAAAUAGUAACUUUAAUACAUUCAAGUAUAAAGCUCAAUUUCAUAUAAAUGUUACUUGGGGAUCUAUAAUAAAUGUCACAAUAGCCGGACAGAUUUAACGGCUUUUACAAGGCGCGUAUUAGACCUAGUUUUAAAUACACACAUUGCUCCUAGCUGGAUAAUACUACGCACUCUUUUCCUUCCUAAACUUUUCAUCAAACGUUUAAAGACGUCAUUGAACCAAUAAAGUUUAGGGUUGUCUGUAAUAAGUUUUCGGCAAUGGACGACGUGCUAUGUCAAAAAAUCCCGAAGAAAAUAUAAAAAUGUGAGCUUUAUACUUUAAAGUGUUUAAGGUACUGUUUUAUGCACCUUUACUACCUGUAUAUGGUCGCAGUUAAACUUGAUAGUCGCUGGUCGUUCUUACCUAUGUUGGGGGCAUGAACAGAGAAACUUUCAGCUUUUAUAAAAUAACGGAAGUCUGGCCAUCGUGGGCUCUUACUCUGUAAACGUAAAGAGCCAGAAAAGAAAUACUCGUAAAUUUUGAUGAUUUUACCAUAACAAAAUAUAUCGCUAUUGAGAAACAAUGCAGUCACAAAUUGUGAAGGAAGACUUUCAAGAAAGAAUUGUUAUGUAUUUUUAAUUAUCAUCCCUUCAGUCUGUUGUUAUUACUGUGUCAUAUUUUGUGGUUGUAUUGUAUUUUCCGCUAAGUUAGUUCAACAACCAAGGCGAAAAUAAAACAUUCGACAAGUUAGUAACUUCCAUUUUGUAUCGCAAUGAUAAUUCAUUUCGAAUUUGAUAGACACUCCGAAGUCUGUGCUCUCAAAUAAGCCUCGAGUUGUCUAUUUAAUAUAUUUUUUUUAUAAAAAAGUCACAUGAUUUAUAAUUGCGACAAAAUAAAAUUAAAAUGUUUAAGUAGAAUUUUAAAUAAGUAGAAUCGCUUGGUGGUUUGGAUAUAAAAUUACUCAACUGUGAUAUACUUAACGUUAAGUGUUAAGAUAAACCGUUAAAAAUCACAACGUGUAUGUUACAUUGCUCUAUUAAACUGAUAUUUUGUCAAUAAACAGGUUGUCUAUUUUUGUAAUACCUUUUUGAAUGGAAAUAUACAUUUUUGUAUUUCAUACCAA